AUGGCAAUAAUCAACCUGUCCGUGGGCGGGAGUCCCGCGGAGAUUGGGCUUCGCGCCCUUCUGCUGCUCGUAGCUUUCAGUGUCGGCUACACUUUGGUGCAACUCGUGCAAGUACGGCUCCUAUUCUGGAGACUGAAGAGACAGGCCAAUGAUGCCCUAUUCCCUACUCUUCGGACAUAUACCCGUCAUCACAAAAAUCACAUCCGGCCUGCCCAGGACAUCCACACAAACUACUUCUCCCAGCUCAUCUACCAGAACUGGCAGGCCCUCUUCCCCGGCCGCAGAACCUGCCCGCCCAUCAUCUACGUCGACCUCUGGCCCAUGGGCCCGCCCAUGUGCUUCACCAUCGAGCCGGAGGUCGCUUGGCAGACCGGCAGCGCAGAUCUCCCGCGGGCGCACAAGGAGUUUGUCAAGCCGCUGACGGAGAAUCUGGAUAUUGCGAGCCUGGAGGGCGCCGAGUGGAAGGUCUGGCGCGCGCGAUUCAACCCGGCCUUCAGCCCGAAGAACAUCGUCUCGCUCGUCCCGGGGAUCAUCAAGGAUGUCGAGACGUUUGCGGGCAUCUUUCGGAAAAAUGCUGGAAAGGACGGGAAAUGGGGCGAGGUGUUUACGCUGGAGGACCUGGCGACGAAUUUGACGAUGGACGUGAUCGGGCGCGCGGCGCUGGGGAUCGAGCUUCACGAGCAGACUGAUGGCCCGAGCAAGUUGAAGGUCGCACUGAUGGACCAAAUUGCGCAGUGCCGCCUGCGGUUCAGCAUUAUCGACAAGAUCUGGAGCGUUGACCCCGUCCGUCAGUGGAGGAUUGCCAGGAACAAGGUUGCGCUGCGUGACGAGCUUUACCAACCCAUCAUGAGAUGUCUCGAGCGCAAGGGCGACGGAGAAUCAAAGACACUGGUGGAUCAGGCGAUGAAGCCUCUCAAGGGCUUGAUUGCCGAGAAGGCGCUCCCGCCUGAUGAGGGCUUCAUCGAAAGUGUCAUGGCACAGCUUAAGAUCUUCAUGUUUGCAGGCCAUGAUACGACGGCGACAGUGAUCUGCUGGACGAUACACGUCUUGGCUAAGCACCCAGCGAUCCUCGACAAGGUGCGAGCUGAGCAUGACGAAGUUUUUGGUCAGGAUCCUUCAAAGUUGAAGGAAAGACUAAUGGAAUCGCCGCAUCUCCUGAACUCGCUGCCGUACACGGCUGGCGUGAUCAAGGAGACGAUGAGGCUGUAUCCCGUCAUCCCGCCCCUUAGAAAAGGCAGCCCUGAUUACCAGAUCAAGGACAAGGAAACCGGCAUGGCGCUGCCGACUGAGCACUUUGACCUCUGGGACGGCAUUCGCUCGACGUCUCGCGAGGAAAAGGUGUGGCCUCGUGCCGAGGAGGUCAUCCCGGAGCGCUGGUUGACCACGAACCCGGACGAUCCGCUGUACCCCACGAAAGGCGCCUGGCGGGGGUUCGGAAACGGUCCUCGUGUCUGUAUUGGGCUGGAGCUCGCCAAUACGGAGGUCAGAAUGGCUGUCGCGUUCUUGGCGAGGGAGUUUGACAUUGACUGUGCUUGGGACGAGUGGGAUGCCGCGAGGAACUACACUGGCCCCAAGCAGGUGAUGGAAGGUCAUCGGUGCUAUCAGAACGGCACUGGUACGGCAAAGGCUAAGGAAGGUAUGCCGAUCCAUGUGCGACUGCGAAACGCGGGGAGGUGA